AUGAGUCAGUAUGGCGGUCAGUAUGGAAUCAGUAUGGAGUCUAUGACAGUCAGUAUGGAGGUCUAUGGCAGUCAGUAUGGAGGUCGUAUGGCAUCAGUAUGGAAGUCAGUAUGGAAGUCAGUAUGGAGUCGUCAGUAUGGCAGUCAGUAUGGCAGAAUUCAGUAUGGACAGUCUUAUGGAAGUCAGUAUGGAGGUCAGUAUGGAAGUCAGUAUGGAAGUCAGUAUGACAGUCAGUAUGGAAGUCAGUAUGGAAGUCAGUAUGGAAGUCAGUAUGGCGGUCAGUAUGGAAGUCAGUAUGACAGUCAGUAUGGAAGUCAGUAUGGAGGUCAGUAUGGCGGUCAGUAUGGCGGUCAGUAUGGCGGUCAGUAUGGAAGUCAGUAUGGAAGUCAGUAUGGAGGUCAGUAUGGAAGUCAGUAUGACAGUCAGUAUGGAAGUCAGUAUGGAGGUCAGUAUGGCGGUCAGUAUGGCGGUCAGUAUGGCGGUCAGUAUGGAGGUGAGUAUGGCGGUGAGUAUGGAGGUGAGUAUGGAGAACCCAGUGACAACUAG